AUGAGCUCAAUUGUCAUCGAGUCUGGGUCCUACUUGAUGGGAAGAACUUCCUUCCAUGCAUUUUCUCGUGUUAUAGCACGUACCAUCAAGGUUUUGGGUCUAGACUUGAUGCCAUUUCUCAGAGUCAAUGCAUUCGUUGGACCUUCCAAGGGAGAUACCCUGGACCCAGAACAUCCAGUUUCAAGUUUCAAAGGCAACCUCACGUCUGGAAAAUUGGCCGAGGUAAAGCAAAAACCCACCCAAAUCGAUGAAAACCUUGUCCUCUUCAUGGGUGCAACAUACGACACAUCAAGUUCUACAGUAAUUUCUUUAUUCUAUUAUUUAAUGUGUCAUCGUCAGGCGUUCAUGGCAGUCAGAGAAGAGCUCAAAGGCGCCUUCCAGACGCUCAGCGAAAUCUCAGAUCAGAAGCUCAUUCCGCUCGUGUACCUCAAUGCAUGUAUCAAUGAAACAUUCAGGAUGAGUCCGCCUGUCAAUGGUAAAAUCAUGCAACGAGUUUCUCUCGGCAUGACAAUCGACGGUAUUUAUGUUCCAAAGGGGGUCGCUGUGUCUGCCGAUACUCUGUCGAUGCAUCGUUCAUCCGUCUACUGGGACCAGCCAGAGUCAUUUCGACCCGAGAGGUGGGUCAAUAAGGCGCCAACCGAUGAAUUCCGUGCUUUCCGUCCCUUUGGAUCUGGAAAUAGAAUUUGUCCCGGUCGAAUGAUGGCCCUUCAGUCCGCCCGUCUUACCUUGGCCAAGAUCGUUUGGCUCUAUGACCUGGAGAUGGUGAGUGAUCCGAAAGAAUGGCAGCAAAGUGCGAGGUCGGGAUAUUUGUGGGAGUACCCUGAUUUAUACGUGAAUGUAUCCAGCUCCGGUCUGAAGUGA